AUGAUACGUCUCACUUCCCAGUUUGCAGUUCACCAAUCAUCCGCGAUCUGUGCCUCCCUACUGUGCGAGAAACCGUACCUGUGGGAUGUCGAUCGCCCGAAUCUGAUUGGACGAAGCCCUGUACAUUUGGCUCAGCUACGUGGUUAUGCUCCAGUUUGGUAUCCGUUGGCCACGCAUUCCAACGCACCACCGCUGACAGAGUCGGAUCAAACAAAUCAACCUCAGAAAUUCCUCACACGCACAGUUACAGCUCUGCUGAUACAACCACAACUGUUUAUUCGUAAACCAUUCCAAUGGUCUGAGAUUUUCGUUUCGUCGAAUCCUCCUGCUUUGAAUGUCGCAGUCGGCUUGUGCGAUUCACACGGUGAAUACGAUGAACAACUGAGUCUGAGUAAUUUACAACUUCUGUGCGAGCUCAUGGCUGCCACCCCAAAAGUCUGGUGCACGUCAUUGCCGUUCACAAGCGGUAGUUUUCAUCCAACUCGAAUUUUGGAGUCUCCUACCAACGUCCACCCACUCGAUUGUACCAACUAUCCAAAAUGUCUGUUGGAAUUUGGUCAGGAAACAGAGAUCGACCAAUUGAUUGAUGCAUGGGCUUACCAUCGUAUGCAGUCUUAUCCAGAUGAUGCGGAUAAUGAUGAUGCGAACAAUGAUGAUGCGCCUAUCGUGGAUUUAUCUCAAUCAGGCGAAGGUUCUUGUUUCACAUAUCCUCGAUUGAUCGCUCAACUACCGGUACCGCCUGCGCUGCAAGCCUAUCUAGCCUAUCGCGAAUUAUGGCCGGCCUGGAAGCGCCACACACUACCCCUACGUAAGGCACUUCGAUGGUAUCGUCGACAUCCGUUUCAAGCCCGUUGGUUCGAUUGA